GAUUUACAACGAGACCAUCAUUUGCAAAUCCGGAAUAUUUGAAGCAGUAAAUGUUGAAAUCUCAUAAGCUUCAGACUAAUCAUGUCGUCUAACGAAAAAUCCUAUGAUAUGGUGAUCGAGACCAGAAUAAGACCGCCAACAUAUUGGGAUCACAUUACAAUAGCCCUGGCGGAAUUUUUAGGGACAACCACUCUGGUAUUCCUGUCAUGCAUGGGAUCCUGUUUCGGAAUUCAGGGAGCGGUUUCGUCGAUGCAUACGAGUUUCACUGCGGGCUUAGCUGUAGCUGCGGUCAUUCAAACAUUUGGUCACAUAUCAGGGGCCCACAUAAAUCCAGCAGUAUCCCUCAAUGCUUUAGUGGUAAACCAAAUUGGUUGGCAACAUUUACCAAGUUACGUGAUACCUCAAAUUUUGGGGUCGCUCUCAGGAGCAGCCCUGUUUGUUUCAAUAACCAAUUCAGAACAUUUGGAAAUCCAAGCAGGAGGACACGGAAUAUGUGUUAAUGGAAUUAAUGAGAACAUAACCAUAACUCAGGGUCUAUUUGUGGAAAUCCUUCUCAGUAUUAUUCUGAAUCUCGCCAAUUGUGCUUCGUGGGACGCCAGAAAUUCCGACAAACUCGACUCGAUGUCGCUUAAAAUUGGAACUCUAGUUGUUGUUUUGAAUUUAGGUGGUGGAGCUUACACUGGAGCCAGCAUGAAUCCGGCUAGAAGUUUCGGCCCGGCAGUUUGGAGUGGAGAUUAUAAAAAUCAUUGGAUCUAUUGGGUAGGACCAGUUGGAGGCUCUCUAAUAGCAUCAUUCACUUACAAAUUUGUAUUUCUAAAGAACAAAUCUAAUUGAUAUUGGAUUAUGUGACUUACCAUAAUUAGGUUAUUGAGGCUUUUGCUUUGGACGGCUUCACUGACAAUUCUCAGAUCUGUCCUGCAAUUAAAAACAUAAUAAGUAUAGGUAAAUCGUAAUUGUAACAAUAGUAAUGUACCUUCAUAUAGUGAUAUUAUUAGAUAUUUUUAUAAUUCAUGUCUUCUUAAAAUAAGUAUAGAUGUAAUUUGUUA